GCACAAUCGUAAGGGAGCGAAAGAGGAAUGAAAUCCAUGGCGUGUCCGCCAUUUUCUGUAGUUUAAAGACAAUUUGAUAGUGUUCUUGAUAUUAAUCAGUUCCAGACUCGCAUAGAAAUUGUUGAUUCAGCAAGAGUUGUUAUGGAUUUUGAAUCUGCAAACUAUAUGCUAGAACAGCUUGUCAAGAUGUUCAAUGAGCUGGUAUCUCGAAAGGAUGAUUUGGAGGACAUGGUUCAGUGGAAGGAUAUUGAAGAACACUUCCACAACCUUGAGAAAUCGUUGAAGAAAAGAUUUGAUGAAUUAGAAAAGAAAGAGAAAGCAUUUCUCAAGAAGGAAUUGGAGACUCAUGCAUUCCUUGCAGAAAGAGAUGCAGUUGUUGCUGUGAAAGAACAAGCUUUGCUGGAUCGGAUACAGGAGAUAAAGAAUGCUGCGGUUCUCACCAUUGUGGAGGCACGGAAUAGUUACAAGCCCACAUCUCAGGAUUCUGAAAACAAGGGUAUCUUCUUGGGCUGUUCUGCUUUGUCCUCUUCUGGUGAAGGGAAUGGUGGAUGCGAGUCAAAGGAUGAAUUAUCCUCUCAGAAAAAUUAUUCUGAUGGAGUUCCCAAAUUAGAUGCUGCUGAAGUUCCAGAGAGUUUUACUGUAGAUCCUCGUAUGCUUACGGCCUUGUCCCAAAUAGCAAGCCACUGCCAACCUGACUUGUCAGGAUAUUGCGACAGUCUAGGAAGUCUAGCAAAUGACCAGAUGAUGACAUGUGAUGUUAAUGGCGAUUUUCCUGGAUUGAGAAAAGUGAAUGCUGUCAUUCUUAAUCUGCCUCAACAUUCAACUUUGCCAGUUUUUCCUACCAAAGUAAGGGUUGAAUAUCCUGAUAAUGACCUAAUAAGUCCAGAAAGAGAUGGUAUUGAUAGCCAUGUUGGUGGAGCUCCAGAACUAAAUAUCACUGAAGUUCAAAAGACUUCAUGUAAAGUCAAAGGCGAUUCUUUUGAACCUAAAAAUGUGAGUAUUUACAAACAGAAUCUGCCCCAUUGUGCAACUUUGUCAACUUUUCCAAUGAAAGUGAAGGUUGAAAAUUGUGAAAAUGACCCAUCACGUUCAUUUGGAGAUGGUACUGAUGGCCACAUUGAUAGAGUUCCUGAACUUAAUGCUUCUGAAAUUCUAAAGACUGGAGUUUCACUAGAUUCUGGUACAGCCCCUCAGCAUUCGAGAAAUACCUGGGACUGUGAGUAUGGGGAUUUGCCUGGUGAUCACAGUGGGGAAGGAACACAAGCAAAUGGCAAUAUUCAAUCGAAUCAGAUGAUUCCUUAUGAUGCUAAUGGUGAUCUUGUUGGAUUUGAAAAUGUGGAUUUCCUCUUUAACAAAACCCAACUUCCAAUUUUUUCAAAUUUUCCCAUCAAAGUGAAGGUUGAAAAUUCAGAUAUUGGCCAAAUAAGUCAAUAUAAAGGUUCUAUUAAUGGGCAAGGUGAUAAGGGUCUUAAGCCAGAUUCUGCUAAAGUUUCACGGGGUGGAAAUGGAAUUACCGUAGAUUCUUGUAUGGUUACAUCGUGUUCUCAAAAUGCCAGUAGUUGCCAAUAUAAGGGCUUGUCUGGUGAUUGUAGCAGGCCAGGAACUGCAGCAAAUGACAAUCCUUGCUUAAAUGAGAUGACGUCAUAUGUAGCCAAAGGGGAUUUUGUUGGGCUGGGAGAAGUGGAUAUCAACAGUUAUAAUCUGCACCAACUUCCAACUUUGCCUACCUUUCCUGUCAGAGUAAAGGUUGAAUAUUCUGAUAACGAGCUAAUGAGUCCACACGAAGAAGGUAUUAACGACCACGUUGAUGGAGUUCCAGAUCUAAAUGCUUCUCCUUGUUCUCAAAAUGCCAGUGAAUGCCAGUAUGAUGGCUUUUCCGUGUACUGCAAUAGGCGAAGGAAUCAAGAAAUUGACUCUACCUUCUCAAAUCAGACGACUGCUCGUCAAGUUCAACUUGAUGCUAUUGGACUUAAAAAUGUUAAUUUAUGUGUUAAUAAUCUGCACCAAUAUCCGGCUUUGCCAACUUCUCAUGUCAAAGUAAAAGUUGAAGGUUCCGAUAAUGAUUUAGUGGGUCAAUGCCAAGAUAAUCUAGGUGGACUUUUUGGCAUGGCAGCCAAGGCAAAAACUGAAACCAAUGCUGUGGUCUGUACUGAUGACCUUGAUCAUAUUCUAUUGAAAGACCGGCGCAAUAUGCUUCUGUCAAGGCACUCUGUAGCAACAGUUGCAGGAGGAGAUAGAUCUGGCCUUUUGGAGGGUAUUUCUCCUGGGGAGGCUGCUUUUCGUAUGGAGGAUGGUAAUCAGCACAUUGCCGGAAACUUGAAUGAUGAUGGUCAUUCUGUUGAUGCACUAUCCUCAAUGGCUGGAAGUCAUUCUGAUGGCAUCAUGAAGUUCAAGAUGAUGGAGAAUGGCUCAGCAAGCCCAUGCUCGGUUACUUUAGGUACUGCUUCAAAUUGUAAUAUGCUUGCCAUUGAGGAUUAUCAAGAAUUUCCUCACGAAUCUUAUGAAGAUGAGAUAGACCAUAUGAUACUCCGAGACCGGAUCAAGUUGCUAAUAUCAAGGAAGGUUUCUAAGUUGGAUGGCUCCAGGAAAACUUUGCCGUCCAUUGGGGACCAUUACCCAACAGUUUCAGAAAACUCCGAACCUAGGAACAUCAAGAAUCGCCGGAAAAGGAAAAAGACUGCGACGGAUUCAGUGGAAACCGCAUUGGAGGAAGAUGCUCCUGGACUUCUGCAGGUUUUAGUUGACAAAGGGAUUGCAGUGGAUGAAAUUAAACUUUAUGGCGGAAUGGAGGAAGAAAAUGUUCUUGAUGAUUCUUCCAAUGUGGACAUCUUUGGAGAGCUUGAAGAUGUGAUCUCUAAGGUUUUCUCCCAGAGUUCUUCUCUAUUAAAGUUGACUCCAGUUCGUUGCACAAAGGGAUCGAAGGCCAGUUACUGCUUGGCUUGUUUAUUAUCACUUGUCGAGCAGACACGAUAUUUGCAGUUCCGGAAGUGGCCUGUUGAGUGGGGAUGGUGCCGAGACCUUCAGUCGUUUAUAUUUGUUUUUGCAAGGCAUAACAGAAUUGUUCUUGAGCGCCCUGAAUAUGGCUAUGCUACAUAUUUCUUUGAGUUGGUGGAUUCUUUACCCAUUGACUGGCAGAUUAAGCGGUUGGUGGCAGCCAUGAAGCUUGCUAGCUGUAGCAGGAUUACCAUUAUCGAGAACAAAUCCUUGUUGGUUGGGGAAGAUUUGACAGAGGGGGAAGCACGAGUGCUGGAAGAAUAUGGUUGGGCACCAAAUACUGGUUUAGGAUCUAUGCUCAACUAUUGCGACAGAGUUGUUCAUGACAGGAAGAACGAGGACGGCUCAGAGUGGAGGUCAAAAAUUGGGAAGUUUCUGAUGGAUGGCUAUAAUGGUGGGACUACUGUAUUGUCCAAACUCCCGAAGAAGGCCAUAGGGUACAAGAGCAAUCGAAACCAACAAUUCAUGGAGUACAUGGACACUCAAAGUCCCAAAGUUACAGAAUUCAACAAGGUUAGUCCGAGUCCACAAAUUGUUGAUUACAAGAGUAAUCAAAUCCCCCAUAUCAUAAAAUUCGAGGGCACUCAAAGCCCAAAUAUUAAGCUGGAGUUCAGUUAGUGUGUACUUGUAAAUAUUUAUAGCAGAUGAGACAAGUAGAAGAUAAUUCAGGGUUAGAUUAAAGCAUAAUUUUUCGUCAUUU